AUGAUAAGCGACGUCCAACUGGCAAUAUUCGCCAAUGUCAUGGGGGUGACUCUCUUCCUGCUAGUGGUGCUGUUCCACUACGUGGCCGCGAGCAACCCCAAGAGCAAACCUGAAUAA